AUGUCUAAGCUCUUCAUUGGCGGCCUCGCAUGGCACACUGAUGAGAAUGCUCUCCGUCAGAAGUUUGAGGAGUUCGGAGCCGUAGAGGAGGCUGUCGUUGUCAAGGACCGUGACACUGGACGUAGCCGUGGCUUUGGAUUCGUUCGUUACGGCCAAGAGGCUGAUGCCGAGGCUGCCAUCACUGCCAUGAACAACAUCGAGUUCGAUGGUCGCACUAUCCGUGUCGAUAAGGCAAGCGAGCGCGGCGCAGGAGGCGGCGGCGGCGGCUUCAGCCGUGGUGGCGGCGGAGGCGGUGGUGGAUACAACCGUGGUGGCGGCUAUGGAGGUGGCCAGGGAGGCUAUGGAGGUGGUGGCCGUGAGGGAGGCUACGGAGGUGGCCAGGGCGGCUAUGGUGGAGGCCAGGGCGGCUAUGGAGGCGGCCAGGGCGAUAAAGGAUAUCAAGGUGGCCAGGGUGGGUAUGCCGACCAGCAACAAGGAGGCGGCCGCUGGUAA